AUAGGAGCUGUUAGAAGAAACCACAACAUGGCAGCACUUACAACACGUCAACUGUUUUGUACGUCUACGUAUUGUAUUUGUUAUGCUAUAAAAAAAAAUUAGCUACGCAUUUAUAACAUGAAAAAUGUUAGCACUCUGAUAUCAUUACACAAAUAAUUGUCAAACUGAAUUUGAACUGGCACUCUUAAAAUUGAUUAGAUGCGCAAUUAACAAUUAUUAAUACUUCCUUUUUUCUAAUUCAAGCUUUCAUAGUUUACUUCACUGUCACUUUAUAGACUUAGAAGUUGAUGCAAAUGCAACGAAUACAGCUUUGCAACUUAUUAAUUAAAUUUAUUUUGGGAGUCUGAGACUGAGGAGUGCCUGGCAAUAUUGAUAUUUUGGUCUUUGGUGUUAGGCAGAGCUUGAUGUGCCUUAGUUGCACAAGAGUAAGAGCAUUAUUCACUAUGGACCAUGGAUAAAAAUAAAGUGCAUUGAGUCCUCUUCCUCUAUGCAAAAAAAAAUGAUGUCACAACUAACAAGACAAGCAAAUUAAGCAAUUUUAUUCCUAUUUUAUAUCUCAGAUUUUCGGCAAGAACCACUGUCCACCUGUGGUUACUCCACUGUCCACCUGUGGUCUCUCUAUUGUCCACCAGUGGUCAUUCCGUUUCCUUACAUGGUCUUUGUAGCUGGUGUUACAUACUGUACACAUCAAAAUUAUAGAUACAAACAUCAAAAUAAAACUAGUAGACAAAUAGUUGCAAUCUGAGUACAGUCGUUUGCGGUUGAAAAAAAGGAUAGUAAUAAGUGUCCAAAUUAGUGCACAUGAAAUAAUGACAAAUUUAGUCCUAGGCCUAGGGAACCAAAGGGACAUUUUGCGCUGCAGAGUCAUUUUUAAAAACAUUAAUCACGAGCACAUCUGCAUGGCAGGAAAAUAUCAAUUGUUAGAUUCAUUCCAUUUGUUCUGUUUUGUGGCUGCUAGUGGGAUCAGGAAUCAAUUUGACCAGAAAAUUGAUGACAUGAGAAUGAUAUGUUACAUAAAAUUGAUAGUGAUAGAGACAUUAAAAAGGACAUCAAAUAAUAUAUAUGCAUAUAUUUUUUCUGGAUAACAUAAUUAUCUAUAAUACAGUUUUAGAAUCUCUGUGACAUUUUACCCCCUCUUUUUUCUUCAAGGCCAGAAAGGAAAAUCUUAUUUAACUGGUGUGAUCCAGCAACACAGGGAAUCUUCCAUAGCCGCUGCUAGAAACAUCUUAGACAAGGAGCUAGAGAACAUAAAAAGUGCAGGCACUUAUAAAAAUGAGAGGGUCAUCACAUCGCAGCAGGGCAGGUCAAUCAAUGUUCAAGGCAGAAAGGGAGGAAUCCUUAACUUUUGUGCAAAUAACUAUUUGGGAUUGUCUGUAGGUUUUUGUUCUUUUGCUCUGCAUCAGUUCAUUUUUAAAUUGAUCCUUAUAUGUUAUAUAAUAUGGAAAAACUUUAUAGUGAUUACAUGUUUUUUUUAAACGGUAAAAGAAAAAAAAUUAAAGUUUGUGGUUUAAAUUAGUACAAUACUGGCAAUUAAAGUAUCUUUUGAUACGUGCCGCGAAAUAAAGUUUAGAUUUGUUUAUAGAUAAAUAUUGUAAUGGUCAUUUAUGUAUGUAGAGUCAUAUCUGGCUACUUGAAUGAGUUGACAAUAAUCUAAUACGUCUCUUUAGCGGUUAUAAUAAUGAAAGCAAUUACUUUUUGGUUUAUUUUAAAUUAUAGUUUUAACUAAAAAAAUAAACAGAUUUUAACCUUGGCCCUAUACUUUAUUAUGUGUCAACAAAAUUAUGUUCCAGUUUAGGCUCGUGUUCAUUAACUGUGGAAAACGUUUGACGUUUUAUUAAAGAAUAUAUUUUUUUAGAACAUUUAAUUUGUUAGCCAACUUUAUUUUGACUUACAUGUCUUUAAUUCUAUCACUGAAAAGAGUCAUCCAGAAGUCAUUGAAGCUGGGAAAAAGGCGCUGGAUACCCAUGGUGCUGGACUCAGCUCAGUACGCUUUAUUUGUGGCACACAGGUAUAUUUUCAUGGUUUCUUUCAGGAAGGUAUAUUUUUUUUUUUUAAAUAAAGAGUAAUUUAACCAGAGGAGAGGAAUCCACCUUUGUGUAUGGGCUGAUGCUGUGGAAAAUAUCAGUAGGGCUAGGUCUCUAUGGCCCAGAUCUUUUCUAUUUUUCUGCACAGGGUCUCUUUGAAUCUACAAAAAGAAACUCAAAUUUUGAAAUGGAUCCGGGUUUUUAAUUUUUUUUAACACCAAGUUAUUCUUUAGUUAUUUCACAUAAUAAAAAAGAAUAUUCAAUUUUUUGUAGAAAUUUUUUUCUUAAGUAACUGAAAUUGUUUAAAUCUCACAUUUUCUUCAGGAUAUCCAUAAAGAACUAGAAGCCAAAGUUGCUCAGUUCCAUGGUAAAGAAGAUGCCAUCUUGUACAUCAGCUGCUUUGAUGCUAAUGCUGGAAUCUUUGAGACCCUUCUGAGCCCAGAGGAUGCAGUCAUUUCUGACGAGUUGAAUCAUGCUUCAAUCAUUGAUGGGAUCAGACUUUGUAAAGCUCAUAGGCUCCGAUACAAACAUAGAGAUUUGGAAGGUACGGAGCGUCUUUUAAUAAAGAGUUUUAGAUGUUUAUCAAACAUUUCUUACAAUGAUGUGUAUCUGAUAAUUCUUUUAUAUAUUUUGUUCUUUCAAUUAUGUCAAAAGAGUAACAUGAGUAAUGCCUCAUAAUAGUAAUGUCUCAUCGUCCCUUGAAUCUCCGCAGAUCUGCAGAACCAUCUGACCUCAACCAAGGGCUGCCGCCAACGACUUAUUGCAACGGAUGGUGUCUUCAGUAUGGAUGGCAAUGUUGCUCCCCUCAGGUACAAGAAUAUGAUUAUUACAAAAUGGACAUAGAUUUGAUUGAUAUGAUUUGAUUGACAUCGUUUAAUUGGCAUAAUUUGAUUGACAUAAUUGAUCCAUGUUGUCAAUUGAUCCAUGUAAAUUGCUAUUUCGUGUUGGCUGUAGGGGUUAUCCAAUGUUUUUAUUAAGUUAAAGAAAAAAAAAUAAUGAAGAGAAUAAACAACAAAAUGAAUGGUUGGGAAAUCAUUUUUUUUCACUUACACCUCUGAGUUCAAAAAAUUGUUUGAUUGGCUGUGAUGUAAAGCAGAGAUGCAUCAGAUAUUUACCAUACUUUAAAUUAAGUUUGAAAUAAACACUUUUUACCAAGAAAUCUUUUCACUACAAAAUUGUACUAAAAGUAGGAAAUGGUUUAGUUGUACUUGGCUAUAACUUAAUUGCUCUAGAACAUGGUUAGUUGUAGUUUGCUAUAAUAUAAUUAUUCUAGAAUAUGGUUUAGUUGUAGUUUGCUAUAAUAUAAUUGUUCUAGAAUAUGGUUUAGUUGUAGUUUGCUAUAAUAUAAUUAUUCUAGAAUAUGGUUUAGUUGUAGUUUGCUAUAAUAUAAUUAUUCUAGAAUAUGGUUUAGUUGUAGUUUGCUAUAAUAUAAUUAUUCUAGAAUAUGGUUUAGUUGUAGUUUGCUAUAAUAUAAUUAUUCUAGAACAUGGUUAGUUGUAGUUUGCUAUAAUAUAAUUAUUCUAGAAUAUGGUUUAGUUGUACCGGUACUUGGUUAUAUGUUAAUUGUUAAAGGUCAGUGUUAUAUUUAAUUUAUUUAAUUCCUUAUUGCAGGGAAAUUUGUGAUCUGGCAGACAAACAUGAUGCCCUGGUGUUUAUCGACGAGUGUCAUGCUACUGGUUUCUUUGGGCCGACAGGAAGGUUGUUCUGGUUUUGAUGGCUUUGAUAAAAAUUUUGGCUUUUCAUUUUUUGUUCUUAUUAUCUGAUUCUUAUCCCAACUGGCUAUCUCCAGCCAAACAAUGGUGGCCGCAACACAUGAAUUUCCCAUCUUCUGAAGUUGCUACAGAAAACAUGCAAUGAAUUAAUGCUCUUAAUAUGAAACCCAAUUAGUGCUAACAUCCCCCCCACCCCCCCUGCAACCACAUACUUUUUUCAUGCCCGUGAACCACAUAUUAAUAUUCGAAUGUUCCACCCACUUUUAUACUGCGGAUUUAUGAUGCCAUAUUAAAAUUGAUAAUUUUACGCACCAAAUGCACUUCCUGUAUUUUUCACAAUCUCAUUUAGUGCAGUUAUUUGAGAAUUUUACUUAGUAAAAUCGGCGCCUUCUGGUAAUGUUAGUGACAUUGUUACAAAGAGAAUCAUGUAUUUUGAUCUAUCUCUUCUUUGGUUUAGAGUGUCUCAAUUUUCAUUUGACUUUGUUAAAUAAAUGAGAAAACCCAUCAAUUAUUUAAAAAUGACAAUUCACUAAGUUUAAACGUCACAUAAGAUGUUGACAAGACAGACUGACAAAGGAGAUUGAAUCCAAGUUAAUGAUUUAAUCUUUCCUUUCCAGGGGGACCGAGGAGCACUGUGACGUGACAGGACGGGUGGACAUCAUCAACUCCACUUUAGGCAAAGCACUCGGAGGGGCUGCAGGUGAGAUAAGUCGCCCUGCCUCAUUUUCUGUCUCGGGUUAAUCCUGUAAUAUAGGCCAAAACGUCCCAAAGUGCCCUCGUUUUAUAGCCAUUUUAAUUGUUUCUAUAGUAUAGUAGUAACUAUCCUAAUGUCUCAUUUUUAUUUUACUUAGUUUACAUGUUUUUAAUAAUUGUAAAGCGCUUAGAGCUUUAAGGUAAGCGCUAUAUAAAAAUGCCUAAAUAAAUAAGUGUGAAUGGAUAAGUCUCAAGCCGGCUGCUGCCCGGCGCAUGCUUGGAGUAUAUCUUAUGUAUAGAUAUUUAGAGCACAGCUUCAUACUCUUUGUACAAACGAGAACCUUUCUGGAUGAGAUUUUUUUUAAAAAUUUAAAAUGUGCCUUGGAGAAAUUUCAGUUUUACAAAAGUUGAUUUCAUGGGCAAACGACCCAAAUGUGUGUGUUACUACAAGGUUGACCUUUGUUACAACACUGAUUUGUAGGCCAGUCUGUUUAAAUGUAGGCCAGUCUGUUUUAAUGUAGGCCAGUCUGUUUUAAUGUAGGCCAGUCUGUUUUAAUGUAGGCCAGUCUGUUUUAAUGUAGGCCAGUCUGUUUUAAUGUAGGCCAGUCUGUUUUAAUGUAGGCCAGCCUGUUUUAAUGUAGGCCAGUCUGUUUUAAUGUAGGCCAGUCUGUUUUAAUGUAGGCCAGUCUGUUUUAAUGUAGGCCAGCCUGUUUUAAUGUAGGCCAGUCUGUUUUAAUGUAGGCCAGUCUGUUUUAAUGUAGGCCAGCCUGUUUUAAUGUAGGCCAGCCUGUUUUAAUGUAGGCCAGUCUGUUUUAAUGUAGGACAGCCUGUUUUAAUGUAGGACAGCCUGUUUUAAUGUAGGCCAGUCUGUUUUAAUGUAGGCCAGUCUGUUUAAAUGUAGGCCAGUCUGUUUUAAUGUAGGCCAGUCUGUUUAAAUGUAGGCCAGUCUGUUUUAAUGUAGGCCAGCCUGUUUUAAUGUAGGCCAGUCUGUUUAAAUGUAGGCCAGUCUGUUUUAAUGUAGGCCAGCCUGUUUUAAUGUAGGCCAGUCUGUUUUAAUGUAGGCCAGUCUGUUUUAAUGUAGGCCAGUCUGUUUUAAUGUAGGCCAGUCUGUUUUAAUGUAGGCCAGUCUGUUUUAAUGUAGGCCAGUCUGUUUAAAUGUAGGCCAGUCUGUUUUAAUGUAGGCCAGCCUGUUUUAACGUAAGCCUGCCUCUUUUUGUGUAAGACAGCCUGUUUCAAUAUAGGCCAGUCAGUUUCGAAGCCAGAUUUUAAUUCAAUAAAAGACUAAGUAUUCAGUGAUGGUCUUUAGAUCAAUCUUUUUUCAAUGGGAUUACUACUAAUAUAAAAACAGCCUGCCUAGUGAUCCAGAUGUAAUGUAAAGUCUAGGCUUAUGUCUGCACAAUAUCGUGUUUGGUCUUAAGCUUAUUAUAAAGGGUGGUUAAUUUAUUAGAAAGCAUGAACUUUGCUUGUAGUCUGGGGUAAAUAAAAACAUAGAAAUAGAGUUCAUUGAUCUGAGCAUAGAAAUAGAGUUCAUUGAUCUGAGCAUAGAAAUAGAGUUCAUUGAUCUGAGCAUAGAAAUAGAGUUUAUUGAUCUGAGCAUAGAAAUAGAGUUCAUUGAUCUGAGCAUAGAAAUAGAGUUUAAUGAUCUGAAUAUAGAAAUAGUUUAUUGUUCUGAAAAUAGAAAUAUUGUUUAUUGAUCUAAACAAAGAAAUAGAGUUCAUUGACCUGAACAUAGAAACAGAGUCACAUUGACCAGAAAAUAGAAAUAGAGUCACAUUGACCAGAACAUAGAAAUAGAGUUUAUUGAUCUGAACAUAGAAAUAGAGUUCAUUGACCAGAACAUAGAAAUAGAGUUCAUUGAUUUUAUUGUUUACACAGGGGGAUACACAGCUGGACCAAAACAGCUGAUUGACCUACUUAGACAGAGGUCACGACCUUACUUAUUCUCCAACACAUUGCCCCCUCCAGUUGUGGCCUGUGCCAGCAAGGUAAGGAACACAUCUCCAUGUUUGUAGUCACAUGUUUUGAGUGCGCUAACAACACAAUCAGCAGAUGGUCUGGUUAACUUGGAUUUGAACUUUGACCUGUGAUCGCUGUUCUAUAAUAUUUAGAGCUCUGCAAAGUUUUCAACUGGUGGCCUGUUGUGUGUCUCUGAGACUCUAGCUAACAUCUUAUUUUGUGUAUCAUACAUAUUAUGUCUCAGUCUGAAAUGUUUAGAGGCAAUAAAACUCAUAUAGGCUCCGUUAUAUAUUGGAGAUAAUUUAGACUGUAUUAUAAGGAAAAAAUUUAAAUCCUGUAUUAUAUGGGAAAUAGUUAAUUUAUUGCUAUUUAAGGAAAUAAUUUAGACCGUGUAUUUUAUAGGAAACAAUUUAGACUUGGUAUUAUUGUUUUAUUUUGUUUCUUCUCAGGCCCUCGACCUUGUCAUGACCAACACUGAGCUCCCUAAGAAAGUUCUGACCAACACUCAGAGGUUCAGGACUAGAAUGGUGGAUGCCGGCUUCACCGUGGCCGUAAGUUGGCCCUUCACCCGCUUUCAUUCUCUACAUCUACGGUGCCCAAGCUUUUAGCUUUGGCAGAGUGUCAGAUUCAUGAAUUCUUUUUAUUUGACCUUGAAUAAGUCAUACUAUUUUUUUAAAAAUCUGUCAUCAGCCGAAUCCAUUGGAAUCGAUGCACUGCCAUAACAUUUAAUUUUAGCCGUUAUAUAUUUUUCUGGUUACAGCUGUUUUUCAGUAUUGGAUUUCACAUCCAUUCAGUGGAUAGUCUCCUCUUGGAAAGUAAAAUGAUCACUUAAGUUUGUCAAGUGUUAAGCCAGGAGAUUUUGUAGAGAUGUGUCAGCUUUCAUAGUGAUGUGUCAGCUUUCAUAGAGAUAUGUCACCUUUCAUAGUGAUGUGUCAACUUUCAUAGAGAUAUGUCACCUUUCAUAGUGAUGUGUCACCUUUCAAGAUGAUGUGUCUGCUUUCAUAGAGAUAUGUCACCUUUCAUAGUGAUGUGUCAUCUUUUAUUGUGAUCUGUCACCUUUCAUAGUGAUGUGUCAUCUUUUAUUGAGAUAUGUCACCUUUUUAUAGUGAUGUCACCUUUCAUUGAGAUAUGUCACCUUUCAUAGUGAUGUGUCACCUUUUAUAGAGAUGUGUCACCUUUUAUAGAGAUAUGUCACCUUUCAUGGUGAUGUGUCACCUUUCAUAGAGAUGUGUCACCUUUCAUAGUGAUGUGUCAUCUUUCAUAUAGAUGUGUCACCUUUCAUAGAGAUAUGUCACCUUUCAUGAUGAUGUGUCAGCUUUCAUAGAGAUAUGUCACCUUUCAUAGUGAUGUGUCAUCUUUUAUUGAGAUAUGUCACCUUUCAUAGUGAUGUGUCAUCUUUUAUUGAGAUAUGUCACCUUUCAUAGUGAUGUGUUAUCUUUUAUUGAGAUGUCACCUUUUUAUAGUGAUGUCACCUUUCAUUGAGAUAUGUCACCUUUCAUAGUGAUGUGUCAUCUUUCAUAGAGACAUGUCACCUUUCAUUGAGAUAUGUCACCUUUAGGUCGAAACAUCAAUUGUGUCAUCAAUUGCUUCCCCUUUAUCAAUGAUUCAAAACAAUUGUGAAACCAAAUCCUUACACGCGUCUGGGGGUUUGAUUGUACCCACCGAUCAUGUCAGCCGUUGGGCUGAACGAAGCCAUCUUUCCUUUCAAGCCUUGCAUGAAAGGGCUGAGUGGAUUCAACUUGGCAAACAUAACUGCAAAGUAAGCCAAUGUGGCUAUCCUUUCUGUUGUCUUUUUUGUUGUGCAGAAUUCUGUAUUAAAGCUCCUUUGCUAUUAAAAAAACUUUGAUAAAACUUUACCUCUUGACAGCAAGCCUACUUGACAGCCAGCCUACUUGACAGCAAGCCUACUUGACAGCCAGCCUACUUGACAGCAAGCCUACUUGACAUGCAGUCCAAGUUGCUUGUGCUCAGCCUCUAUGCUAUCACAUAAUACAGGAAUUAGUCUUGAAUUUAAAGCUUCCAUUACUCAAUCACAACCCACUAUGCAACAAUACGUCAUUUGCCCUUAGGCAAAAGAAGUCACAGAACACCAGGCAUUUACCAGCAACGUCUACCCAAAUACUCUCCAAACAACACACAAGUACGUACAAGUCCUUAAAACUUGUUCAACUUUUAUGUGUUAUCUGUGCUCACCCUUUUUUUCCAUAGAAACAUUUCUUGGGGUUGCCAGUAAGGGCAUGACGUUGUAACACCCAAAAAAUAUAUAUUGAUUAAAUUGGUUGGGCUUUGUUUUGUGUGGUCUUUGAAUGAGAGGUUUCACAUAUCUCAAAAUUGUAGUCAGGUGCAAAGUUUCAGCUUUCUUGGCUCUUCUUCAUGUCCACAACAUGGGGUCUUUUUAACCUAAAGACACUCUCCAUUUUUGAAGUUUGUUUUGAAAAGAGUCUCAAUUAUGUGACUUUAACCCCAAUUUCAUGUGUGGACGUGCAUCGUAAGCCUAGAGGACUGGCGCCAGUCCAUGGACCACCAUUUGGUGAAUGCUGCUCUACACAUAAACUAUAUCACGUAUUUACCUCGGCUCUACAUGUAAACCAUACCAUUUAUUUACCUUGGCUCUAUAUGUAAACUAUACCAUGUAUUAUCUGUGCUUUACACAUAAAAUAUAACAUGUAUUUACCUGUGCUCUACACGUAAACUGUAUCACGUAUUUACCUCGGCAAGUUUGCAGCUUGUUAAUUUCUGGCUAUGUAAGUGUUGACCUUGACUUUGUCCCACAGGGAGAUCCCUGCCAUCCCAUCUGCCCUGUCAUGCUGGGAGAUGCCAGACUGGCUUCACAGUUUGCUGACCAAAUGUUGGGUAAGCGAUGUUGUUGUUGUUGUGGAGUUAAGGGGACGUCACUCCCAGAGAAGAUAAAGCUUGCAUUGACAUUUAAAGAAUGAACCCAGUGAUAGGGGCAAUGAAACUGUUUUGGUGUUCUCAUUAUAUUUCAUCAUCAAUGACAUUCAUUCAAAACAUUGGAAACUGCCGGGCUUGUUUCUGUAAUGUAACUGGAGUUUAGAAACUCAAGGGUGGAGUGGCUGCCCACACAUUCCAUUCAACAGGAAUGGAAUCAAUAUGGUCAGUCAAACCAGCUAAAGCAAUAUCUUGUUUGAAAUAGACAGAUCAAUACGAUGAAAUUUGUCUCAAUCUAGUAUCAAAUAAACAGGUAAUUGAGAUGAAGUGUGUCUCAGUCUUUUUUCAAAUAAACAGGUGAAUGAGAUGAAAUGUGUCCCAAUAGUGUAUCAAAUAAACACGUGAAUGAGAUGAAGUGUGUCUCAAUCUAGUAUCAAAUAAACAGGUGAAUGAGAUGAAGUGUGUCUCAGUCUUGUAUCAAAUAAACAGGUGAAUGAGAUUAAGUGUGUCUCAGUCUUGUAUCAAAUAAACAGGUGAAUGAGAUGAAGUGUGUCUCAUGUUGUUUAUCUUCCAUUGCUUCAGAUAUUGGCAUCUAUGUGAUUGGGUUCAGCUACCCAGUGGUGCCCAAAGGCAAGGCCAGGAUUCGUGUCCAGAUCUCAGCGGCGCACUCCGAGCAGGACAUUGACAAAGCCGUGGACGCCUUCAUUAAAAUUGGUCGAAACCUAAAGGUCAUACAGUAAAGUUGCUGGGAGCACAAUGAAAGAUGGAACUAGCAGUUCAAAGGACACUGGCUGGUCACGUGUGUUAGAGAUUAGGUUAAAAUAAUAGGUGGUGGCUCCAUUAAUUUUUUUUGGUUUAGGAUCAAGCAACUGAUUUUGUUAUGCCUUGCGUCUUGCUCUGUGCACAUACUUUUUAUGUCAACCUUCUGUUCAAUGUUAGUUUUAGUUGUUUCUGAAAUAUUUAUUUUUCCAUAAAUUUUAUGUUUGUUCGUUUACAGAUUUCUCAAAUGGUGUGCAUAUGGUUUUUACACCCAUGCUCAUAUACAUUGCCCCACGACAAGGCCAUACAUUGCCUAAUGAAUUCAUUUUGUUCCCUUUAUAUUUGAUGGUUUUGGUUCAUUAUCAGAGACGUACAUUUCUCAGUUGAUGUUUUCUCACCUUUGCAUUUACUUCACUUUACCUCAGACACUAUGCUUUCAUUGAUCAACUUGUCCUUCAAUCUUAUACAGGGCUUGCUUGGUACGUACAGUUAGUCAUUGAACUAGAGUCAUAGUGAUAUCUUUACGUAUAGCAAAGUAAUCAUUGAUCAUGUGCUGUAGGGCUACCUGUUCUGUGUUGUAUAUAUUUUACCCUCUGCCAACUUUAAAAUGAGGUCACAGAAGUCUAUUUUUAUAACCUUUAAGCCUCAAACAGUUAGUAGGAUGAGAGGGACUUAGCUUAUUUCAUAUGUUGCAUAUUUUUUGGUCAGAUUUCAUAUGGUACAAAUUUUUUCCGAUUGGAAUUCCCCAAUUUUAUAAAGUUACAUUUGAAACUUUUUGUUAAGUUUUUCAUAAAAUGUUUUACUUUAAUUUGGUUUAAUGUUCUACUUAGUGGAAAAUGUAUUUUAAAAUGUGUUAUUUCCAUAAUUGUUACUAUUGUUACUACCUUCGGUAGCUAAGAAAAGCUGAUCUUUGCUUGAUGAGACCCACAAAAAUGUUAUUGCACUUACCUUUAGUAGUUUUUGGGACAUAAAAAAGUUGUGUGCAUAGAAGAAUGUAUGUUAAUCUUUAAUGAUGGUCAUGGGUACACAAAAUACCUUGAACUGUGGUUCGCUCUUUUGUUGUUGUUAUAUAGAAAUAUUCAGAGCAGGACAUGGAAUCUUGAUAUUUUGUUAUAUAUAAUUGCAUCUGGUCACAUUUUAUAUCAAUAUAUACAAAAUAUGAUACGUAUAUUUUAUUUUGAUCCGCAUUGAUAUUUAACAUUUUUUAUAUUUACUAAUGAAGAGAUUAAUUGGCCUGUCCGGUCCGGCCUUAACAUUGUUUGAAUUUUAAAAAAAUUGUUUGACCUUUGACUUAAGUCAUUGUACCACCGUACAGGGCUGAUGUUGACCUUUGGCUUAAGUCAUUGUACCACCAGACAGGGCUGAUGUUGACCUUUGACUUAAGUCAUUGUACCACCGUACCGGGCUGAUGUUGACCUUUGGCUUAAGUCAUUGUACCACCGUACAGGGCUGAUGUUGACCUUUGACUUUAGUCAUUGUACCACCGUACAGGGCUGAUGUUUACCUUUGACUUAAGUCAUUGUACCACCAUACAUGGUUGAUGUUGACCUUUUACUUAAGUCAUUGUACUACAGUACAGGGUUGAUGUUGACCUUUUACUUAAGUCAUUGUGCCACCGUACAGGGUUGAUGUUGACCUUUGACUUAAGUCAUUGUACCACCGUACAGGGUUGAUGUUGAUAGAAAAUGUUGAUAUUCUGCUAAAAAAAAAAUCCCAGAUAACUUUGAAUCUCAUAUCAUAUUUAUGUGUAGUUGAGGAGAUAAAAUAUUUAAUUGCUUUGUGAAGAACACAGAAGUUUGUCCAAAGAACACAGAGCUCCACAUCUUAGCACAAACAAGAACAUUUUUAAGUUGUGUUGAUGAGGCUUUCAGAUGAAAACAGUCAUUGCUUAUUGUUAUAACAAAAUUUUGCCUUGAUUUUGGGGAGGGGGGGGGGUGUCAAAGGAAAAAUCUUGAAAAAUUCAGUUUUUGAGAAAAACGUGUUUAUGGGUGUGAAGGUAUGAUACAGUGGUUCCCAAACUGUGUGCCUUCAUGUCCCGGGUUGCCAUUAUUGUUUCAUUUGUACAAUCAAAAUAUGUGCUUACUUAAUGCCUUGUUAUAUCAAGCUACAUGUUAUAUUCUUUUACUGACUCUGUUCACUGCACAGGGGUUUACCAAACUUGCUUAUGGUGGUUGCUAUUAUUUUUACUCUGCGGACACCAUGAAGGUAAAUGUUUGGGAACCACUGGUAAAUACUUUUUGUGUAUGAAAAAGUAUUUGAAAGUACUUAAAGCAUCAAGAGCACAUCAUUGACCUAUCAUGUCCAGUGACAGAGCAAUAAAGCAAAAUAUAAGUGAAACAUUUUUAUAUAAAGAAAUAAAUUAAUAUAAAUUAAUAUAAAUGUCUUAGAUCGGUUUAUUAGUGACAUGAUCCUUGACAAUAUUUACCUUAUGUAUAUGUCACAAUAGAUCUAUCUGUCACAAAAUCUAAAUGGUCUAUUCACCAUGUGCCUUUCAUCUCUGUUAUAUCAACUAUGUUAUCAAUGUACUAUCAUCAACAUGUUAGGAUUUCUCCAUCAUACUUGUGGCGCUUCCAACCCUCGUGUUUUUUUGGUUAUCUCUAACCGUUGUGGCGGUUAUUUACCAUUAAAAUUAAAAAUUUGAGGGCUGCAUAGAGUCGACCCAAACAUGGCUUAACCAAUCAGUUUUUGAAACUUUUUUCAUGUGGUGUUAUCCCAUAAAAUGCGCUGAUAGAGAGAGAUCUGUGAUGUCCAGUAUGUUCUACAACCAGUGGCAUAUGAAGUGGGGUGCAGAUGGAGCGGGCUGCACAUUUUGUUUUUAUUGAGGGGGGGGGGUGGUCAACAUUUUCAAGCAACAGCAGAUUUUUUAAAUUGGCAGGAAGGCAG